AAAAUAAAAAUUACACCAAAAUUGAAAAACGCCUCGCUUUUCUUCUUCUUCUCCGCCGUCUCUCUCGAUUUACCUUUUCUACAUUUUUUUUUAAAUAUCUUCCAGAAAAAAAAAGCGAUUGUCUAAUACAUUUGCAGAGUCGAGUUCAUGUGAUUUUUCUUUUUGGAUUUCGUUUUCGAGUGAUGUUGAAUAGAUCGAAUCGAGAAACGAAGGUGGAGAAUCAUUAUCCGGAUCCGAGUCUGAGAUAAUCCGGGUCGCCUGUUUGGUAGAUCCCAGAGGAGGAAGACGGAGAUAGGUGGCUGGGGAAAUCGGAAAGGAAGAUGCCGGCGACCGGAGAUCUGGACCGCCAGAUCGAGCAGUUGAUGGAGUGUAAGCCGCUGUCGGAAGCGGAGGUGAAGACGCUCUGCGAUCAGGCGAGGGCAGUUCUCGUGGAGGAAUGGAACGUUCAACCGGUGAAGUGUCCGGUCACCGUCUGCGGCGACAUCCACGGCCAGUUCUACGAUCUCCUCGAGCUUUUCCGGAUCGGUGGCGCCGCGCCUGAUACGAACUAUCUUUUCAUGGGCGAUUAUGUAGAUCGUGGGUAUUAUUCUGUUGAGACAGUCACACUCUUGGUAGCCCUGAAAGUUCGGUACCGGGAUAGGAUCACCAUUCUAAGAGGGAAUCAUGAAAGCCGGCAAAUCACUCAAGUGUAUGGAUUUUAUGAUGAAUGCCUGAGGAAAUAUGGAAAUGCAAACGUCUGGAAGUACUUCACAGACCUUUUUGACUACCUCCCCCUCACAGCUCUCAUCGAGAGUCAGGUUUUCUGUUUACACGGAGGACUAUCACCUUCACUAGACUCACUUGACAAUAUCCGAGCCUUAGACCGCAUUCAGGAGGUUCCGCACGAAGGACCAAUGUGUGACCUGCUGUGGUCAGACCCAGAUGAUCGUUGUGGCUGGGGAAUCUCACCUCGUGGUGCCGGUUACACUUUUGGGCAGGACAUCGCUACUCAGUUUAACCACAAUAAUGGACUCACUCUGAUAUCCCGAGCUCAUCAGCUUGUCAUGGAGGGAUUUAAUUGGUGUCAGGACAAGAACGUCGUAACUGUAUUUAGUGCCCCAAACUAUUGCUACCGGUGCGGGAACAUGGCUGCAAUCCUAGAGAUCGGAGAGAACAUGGAACAGAAUUUCCUUCAAUUCGACCCAGCACCCCGUCAAAUCGAGCCCGAGACAACUCGCAAGACCCCAGAUUAUUUUUUGUAACUCUCGGAAAUCCAACAUCAGCUGUUCUUGUCGGCCAUUCUUGGUUUGUGUUGAGGGGGUCAGUCCAGAUUCUUGGUCUGUGCUGUCGAGACACUCAGAACGAAGACAUGAUCAGACACUGAGAGUGUUGAUGGGUCCAAGUCCAGAUGAAAGCAGCACUCAGUGUGUUAUAUUAUGUUUUGUUUUGUUUUUUUUCCUGUAAUUUCGUUUUUCUUGUUAGUUUAAAUUAUCGGAUUCUAUUAUUUCUCUCCGAAACCCCCCUUGCCGGUUUUAAUUGAACAGCCGCAAUUUUGUGGUUCAACUCUUUUGUCGGAAGAGAUUGGCAUUCUGUACCUUUCAAUGUUAUCUGGUUUUGUUCUUA